GACACAUUUUCAAAACACGUUUAAAUGUAGGAAAAGCUGGAAAAACUUAUAAAAUGAGUGGAAAUACGUUCACUAAAUACACCAAGUACACUACAAAAGAAUUAGAAUCGUACUUGGCUGAUCCUGGUACAUGUGUGCAAAAGCUGGAGUGGAUAGAUUUGAUUUCCGUGCUACCAAAGUAUCUUGGUAACAUUUGCGAAGGAGUGAAGGCAUGCCUUACGCAGAAAAUCGGAACAUAUGAUCGGAAGGUCGACGGUGUUAUACUGGCUUUCAAAAACACCCAGAUUCUGAGUCCACUAUCGGCCAUACGUCCAAACAGCGUACGUGUUCAUGUGAAACUUAGAACGGACUUUUACGUGUUUCGACCGCAGAUUGGAGCAACCAUCGAAGGAACAGUCCAAUAUGUUUCGUCCAACUACCUCAGUGCUGUUAUCUACCGUGUCUUCAAUGUCACAAUAAAAUUAAAAAUGCAAAAGAUCACGAACUUCGCACGGGGCACGGUGAUUAGCUUCAUCGUUAAGGCAUUUGACAUGAAAAGCGAUCUGCCCUUCAUAGAGGGGCAGCUCAUUUCGAAAUCUGACGAUGAUAAUCCGGUAACGAAUGGCGUAAAAAAGGAAAAGCCUCCGAAAAAUGUAUCGCAGGUUAAGCCCGAGCAAAACGAUUUCGAUGCGAAUAAAGUUGGAGUAUGCGGGGAGAGUAUUGAGGCAAAGAUAGAGGAUAACAAACCAGAUGAUUUCGUUUCAAGCAAGAAAGACACAAACAUGAAAGGAAGUAAAAGGAAACACACCAAACCGAAUGGACACGCAGCCAAGGAUGACAAACAGUCAGAUGAAGAAAUGCAACUCUCAAUAAACGCUCUUCUGAGUGGCCUUGAGAAAGAAAUGAGCGACGCUAUAGAGUCUGAUCCCAGUACCUCAGGAAUAGAACAGCCUAAAAAAGAGACCCAAUCUGCCGAGAAAUCCCGACCAUUGAAGAAGAAAAAGAAAAAGAAACACGAUAUUGACUCAUUGGAAGCAGAACUAUUGCAAAAAUUUGCAGCACAAUGUAAUGAGCCUGAACAGCACGACCUUCAAACCGAUACAUCCGGGCAAACCAAAAACGACCAGAUUGAUACGUCCAAAACCGAGAAGGUAAAAAAGACAAAAAAUAAAAAGAACAAGGCUCCCAAGCUGGAGGAAGAUGAUUUUGAAGCGUCGAUAAUGUCUUCCAUUCUUAAAUGUGUCGCUGAAGCAGACGAACCUCAAAGGAACGAUUCAACUCCUUUGAAAAAGGCAGGCAAAAUUGCAAGGAAGUCUGUUAGAUUUGACAGUACCAUCACGGAAGCAUCAUUUAAUGCAUUUGAUUCGUCUGAGCUGCUGGAAAUUUCGCAACUACAGUCGCCGGCAUUGUCCUCCACUUUGAAGGGCAACGAACAAAAAUAACAGCUAAUGUGCAUGUUAUGCACUUUACCCUAUUGAAUAAAUACAAUAUAUUCUUUAAUGUUACUUAAACCACAGACAAACAGACGUAACUCUUUGAAAAAGUUUUUCUUGAAAACAUAGCAUCUCAAAACAUAGGACCUCAGUAACG